GGCUGCGAUGGCACCCGGCCGACCAACGCGAAGCACGACAGCCCGGGGCGAGAGCCUCCGUACGGCGGCCAAGGUGGCCACGCAGAAGAUGACCGCGCCCAAGACAGUCCGCGCUGCGCGCAUGCGUCGCGUUGUGUACGACGAGUCGGACGACGAGGACGAGGACGAGCCAUCCGAGGAAGAUGGGUCGGACGCCAACGAGGACCUCGACGACGACGACGAAGAAGAGGACGAAGAGGAAGAGGACGACGACGAGGAAGAGGUCGUCGACGCCAAGGUCGAAGCCGAAGGAAAGCGAAAACGUCCGGCGAAAAAAGAAGAACAACCUACGAAGCCGAGUCCGAUGAAAGCCAAGCCGCCUCCGCCGCCCAAAGAGGAGAAGACGCCCGAGAAGGACCCGCCACCGCCACCGCCACCGACGCCUCCGCAAGCGCCGGCCGAGCCUGACGAUGCGCCCGAGCCGGACCACGACGGCGGCGACGACGACCCCGACGACGACGAAGACGAGGACCUCCGUGUGCUGCUGGAGACCGAGACAGACGAAGAGCAGCUCUUGCAGCUCAUCAACGGGAGCCUAGGACAGCUCGCGCGGACAGGCGACGCGCCGGGCCGCGAGCUCUCGCUGGCUUUUCUCACGGCCGUCGGCGCCUCGCCGCUCAAGUUCCAGUCGCCCAACAUUCUCAAAGCGCUCAUGCGCAUGCUUCGGAGCAAAUUCCAGCGCGAUCGGUCCGGGUCGCUCGAGAAGAAGCCGCCGACAAAGCCAAGCGCGUCGCUCGCGACCAAGCCGACGACCAAGGAGCCGGUCAAGGCCAUCACAUUGGCUGUCCUCGUUGCCAACCUCUUGGCCAAGAUCCUCAAGGCCGCCAUGGCUGCGUCCUCGACGUUUGCAUGGCCUGACGACUGCGUCAAGGUGUUUGUCGACGACUCGCUCAACUCACGCGCGUGGGUCGACCACGAGCUCUGCGCGCCUUUUCUGACGUUGCUCAAGGCCGAGAUGGCCGCCCAGCACCUCUCCAAGGACGUGUCGAGCCUCAUCAUGGAGCACCUGCUCUCGAAACUCAACGACAUCAAGAAGCAAGGACCGGGGAAUGCGCCGUCGACGAGCCUCAAGCAGGUCAUGCUGACGCUCAUGGACCUCACGGUGCUGCCGCAAGGCCGCCUCGUCGCGUCGUCGAACCUCGACAUCUGGUUUGCCAACACGACGUACAAGAAUUUGGCGCGGGAGCUCUUGCUCAAGUGCGCGCGGGCCUGUACGACGCUGGAACGACACGACAUGGAGACGGUCGAGAACCUCCUCAACAUGAAGUUCAAAUCUGUGUCGUUUCCGCAGCUCAAGACCGAAGUGUUCUCGACGCUCGUGCGGCAGCGCCCCGAGUACGUGGCCAUCGCGAUGAAGGUGGUGCUUGCAAAAGAGCGGCUCGGCGCGACGGUCAAGGACGUCGACAACCUCAAGAUGAUGCCGCUCAUCUUCCGAGAGACGGCGCGCGCGGUCGAGCGCGACGAGGCCGACGACGCGCGCAUGUUUCGCCGGCCGAACGCGCUGCACGCGGGCACCGAGUCGAGUGCUGCGUUGGCCGCGGUGCUCCAAGAGAUGGCUGCAGUCCCGAGCAACCUCCCGACGCUCAAGAACACGCUGCGCAAGGUCUUCAAGAGCCUCAACCCCGACCAGCUGGACGUUCGCGCGUUCUGCGCCGGCCUCCUCACGCUGCCGCCCCACGGGUCCAUGGAGCUCUACCUCGUCAUGGGCGACCUUGUCUCGCUCGUGCUCUUUCUACAGGGGACGACGGUCAAGAGCCUGCAAGUGUCGGUACCGGACACGUCGGCGUCGUCGAGCGUGCGCAUGGGCGGUCUGCUCUCCAAGAACGCGGCCGAGAAGCCGGCACGACGCCUUCUGAAUGUCAACAACCCGCGCAAGAAGGAAGCGGCGCCAAGUGCGCCGGCACCGAGCGUGAUUACGCCUUCGCUCCGCGCCAAGGAGGAGCUCGCGCAGCUCAUUGCCGACGUCCAGCGCAUGGCUGUCAACUGGUGCCACGAGGUUUACCAGCAGCUGCAAGGGGACAUUAUGCGGCUCUUCUCGGCCGUCAUGCGCAAGAUUCUGUUUUUGGAUGCGGCCCCCGACGGCAAUGCGACCGAGCACGACCGCGCGUGCUAUGCGUUCUGCAAGGACAUGCUGCCGCUCCACGAAGUUACGGUGGCGGGUAUGGUUGGUCUCUGCUUUUACGUCGCGCCGACCGACGCCCACGAGCUCCUCAAGGUGCUCGAUACGCUUGUCACGCGCGCUGCCGAGGGCCACCUUGUGCGGGAAAGCUACUUUCAAGGCCCGACGGCGCAUCAGCUGCACGACUACGUGGCGGCCGGCGGUCUCCUUGGGCUACAGAUCUCGCGCACGGACUUUGUCUUGCACUUGUACGAAGCGGGUGUCGUGCGCGGCCACACGUACGAGGGCAAGGCAGUGAGCUACGCCGAGCUCUACUGGCUCAGCUGCGCCAUUUUGCUCGUCCUCGGCGUCUUCUCGCCGUCGACGAUUGGCGCUGAAAUCUGGUCGGCGAUCCCGACCAUGCGCUGUCUCAUGCAAAUGGCCAUCACGGGCCGGUUCCGCUUCCCGCCCGUCGAGCCCGAAGAUCCCAAGCUCUUUGGCCCCGAGGUGAUGGGGCACGGCAGCCUUGUCGCGAUCAACCAAGCGUAUACUGAGUGGGAACUGCCGUUUCUGCAGAGCCAGCAGCUUUUGACAGACGGUACGCUGCUUGUGUCGAUGCCGCCGGAUGCGAUGGCGCGGUGCCCGCCGCCCGACACGUUGCGCAAGGUCGAGGCGCUCGACAAGGCGCUCCGGCUUGGCGUCCGGCUGCGCCAAAGCCGCGACUCGGACUUCCUCAUGAACAUGGUCGACGUGACUGUGGCCGGCGGCGCGGCGAGCUGGUCCGAGGCGCCCGAGCAGAUCUGGUGGAUCGUUGAGAUCGUCUGCGACGAGCAAGAGACACUCACGUAUCUGCCUCGCAAGUGCCUCUGCGAACUGCUGCUUCUUGCGUACGUCGACGUUCGGUCGAUCCCCGAGGCCGCCAAGUUUGCGCACGCGUCGCUGCUCACGCACCAAGUGCCCCGCUUGCUCACGCGACUCAAGGACGCCAUGGCCGGGACAACGGAGGAAGCCAUCGACGUGCUCUCGUUCUUUUUGGACCGCCUCGUGUCGGCCAACAUGGACACGCGCCGCAUUUCGUCGCACGUGCUCGGGCUCCUCACGACCGACGGCGACGCGAGCGCGCUCAUUAGCCACCACUCGAUCCAGUUUGAUUGGCUCGCAGCGUUGACGCGGCUGCCGUCGUUUCCGGCGCUGCAUGCGCGCGUCCUCUCGUCGCUCGAGAACGUCUUGGCGCACGAGUCGUCGAUCGACGGCCUCAAGCGCUGCCUCAAUGCGCUCUACGAUCUCUUUGCGAAGAAGGACUUGGAGCUCCAGCUCGCCGAGGCGGUCGGCCGGCUCCUUUCCCAGCGCACGUCAGUGGCCCGGCUCUUGCUCCAGGACGUGGCGAUGCUAACGCGCGUCGUUGAAACGCUCUCAGCCGCUGUCCGCGUCGCCUCUGGAACGACGGAUAUCCCGGCCGGGUGGGUCUCAUUCCUCACGAGCACGGGGUCGACGCUGGCGCUGCCGCCGACGAUCGUGUCGGGCGUCGUCGAGGUCCUCAGCAGCCCCGUGGCGUUCCCGAGCAGCCUCCAAGACGACUACAUGGCGCUCAUCGACGCCUUCUUUCCGACCCAGACCGACGCUGGUUUGCUCUCGCCAAGCCAAACGACGUAUGCGUGCUCGGCCGACCACCUCACGCGUCUCGCUUGCGUCGACAAUGACCGGCUCAUGCAAGCGGCGAUUCGAACCAUGUCGGUACCGUCGCUCUGGCACCUGCUCCUCUCGUACGGGCGGUCGCCGCGCUCGAUGGGGCUGCAACUCGACGUGCUUGCGGCGCACCUUAUGCGCGACGAUAGCACGUGUGCCGCUGCCCUUUUGCAGUGCACCUGCCGCCCGAUUCUGUCGGACGCCGCUGCCGACGCGCUCGACCAUUUGGAUAUGUAUGUGCGCCAACCGUCGUAUGCGGACGUGGCGGCCAGCGACGCCUGCCAAGUGCUUCUGCGCUGGCUUCGCGACGCGGCCCACGUCGACGAGACCGAGCCCUUGCCGCCCGCGGUGGUGCCGUGUCGCCGAACGCCGCCAUUGACGCCACUGGCGCCGACGCCGUCGCUCGAUGACCUCUUUGCGUCGAUGGACGUGGCGCCCCGCCGCCGCGCGCCCCGCCGGGCCGCGUUGCCGACAAUCGAGACCAACGAUGUGAUAUGUGCUUGGAUCGCAGCCGGGACACAUGCCAACGAAAUCGUCGAGUGGACCACCAUGCUGGCGUCGACCAACUCGACGCUCAUUCCGGCGCUGGGACGCGCGCUCGCCGCGAGCCAGAACGUGUCGCUCAUCCGCACGGUCCUCGCGUCCGUCCCCACUGCGAGCAGCCAUCUUUUGUCGACGCUUCUCGACUCGCCAUGGACGAGCGCGCCGCUUGUCGGUGUCCUUCUCGACCACGUCUGCGCCAACGUGGCGCACAUUGAGGCCGACGCCAUGCUCGAGCCGCUUCUGCAUCUCGUGCUGCACGAACAGACGCUGGUGAACCGCACGCACGUGUCGCCGUCGCGCUUGGCGCUCGUCGCGCACUUGGCGUUUGUAAACCAUUGCAGCAUUGUGCUCGUGCUCCAGCGGCUCAUGGACUCGUGCUUUGAUGCAGCGACCGAGCCCGUCGCCCACGCCUUCCUCUUGGAUUUGUACGGACGCGAGCCGCACACGGUGGCGAUGCAUUUGGACACGUGCUUUCCUGGCUGGCCACAAGCGUUGGCAGCCGUGACCCACCUCGACAUGCGGGGCGCGGGGGCGCUCCUCGAGGCGAAACUCGACGCCGCGCUCUCGAGCGCCGCCACAAAGGAAACCCGGUCGGUGCUGCGCCGCACCGGCCUUUUGCACCCGUUGCUCGCCGUCGUCAAAGUCACGUCGGUUGUCGCGAUGCUGCAUGGGCAGCCGUGGCACCUCCUGCACGAUCAAAUGCAUGUGGUCGAGAACGUGCUGCUACUGGUGGACGUGACGAAAGACUUGGUGCUCGGGCGACGUGCGCUCUUGACGCAGCUCGUGCAGACCUUGCUGUACCUCUUGAGCGCCGUCACCAAGCACGACGACCGCGGCGGCGCGCACCCUAUCGCGCUCCGCAUGCUGCAGACCAUGCAGCUCCUUGUGUAUGCGCAGCCCGAGGCCAUGGCCCCGUACCUUGCGUCUGCUCCGUACCGCGCGCAUUGGAAAACGGCGCUGGCCGCCUCUGACGCGUCAGCGUUUCCGGUCCUCUCCACGUGCGUCGAGUCGGGCCAGUGCUCGGAGGGCAUGGUCCCGCACGUACCGCCGCUUGUGCUACCCCGCGAGACGCCGAUCCGGGACGUGGAGCAAACCCUCGAAGAGGUUCAGGCGUCGUUCGAGGCCACUUAUGCGAGCAGCGCGCGCACGUCGGUGCUGCCAGCGCUCGUACAGUACGCGGUCGCGCAACCCGCCAGCCUGAGCAAGAAGGCGGUGGGGCAUUUGUGCCAAUGCCUUUUGCUGGCGAUGCACGCGGAUGCUGCGUGUGCCCCGGCGGCGACCGAGGCGUACCUUGCGUGCCUCUCGUCGACCAAGGUCGGGCUCCGCGAAGCGGCGAUGGUGUCGCUCGGCGACAUGCUCGUGUACUGCUCGAGCGCGCGCGCGCACGCGAUCCUCUCGCACCUGCUGCUCGACGACAGCGACCUCGCCAAGGCCAGCGUCGCCCAAGUGUUCAAAACCGACUUGUACAAGAUCUAA